AAGCAUGACACGAUUAAUGCGUCUCCGUUUCGCAUCAUUUUUAAACAGGGAGCCCGCACAAUGACAGAUUCCUUGGCGGACCAUCUCCAAUCCACACCGCAAGCAGAUAUACAGCAAUCACAAGAACGAAACGGUUCCUCUUCACAUCCCCAACCGACAGAUACAUUACAGUGCGCACAAGAACUAUAUGACCGCGUCGCAGACCAUCUUAAUAUCGCCACCUUUAAUCAACAAACGCGGUACAACCAGAGCACACACCACACGCCAUACGGCCCUGGCGACCACGUGUGGCUCUACCAGCCACGUGUCUCUCGCGGCAAGGCACGUACACUAACGCCGUAUUGGACUGGACCUUACGUUAUUGUGAAGCGUUGCUCAGAGGUCACUUAUGUCAUUCGUAAGCUAGGCGGCAGAAAAGAAAACAUCGCUCACUACAACCGUAUGAAGCCUUAUACACAUCGUCGUCCACCAGUGCCUCCCGGAAACACGCAGCCACGCAGUCCACCUACAAGCUCACCACCUACCAGCGUUGAUAAGGCGCAAGAGAACCAGAGCGAAUCGGAGUGGACGACUGCGGACGAAGCGACACCAUCUACCGAUGACGAACAACAACUGCGCGAACGACGCAAUGCGGAUCGCCCACGACGCCAGCCCAGAAUGCCAAUACGUCUCGACGAUUAUAUCAUAGACACUGAUAUGACUUAAUUAACGUAGUUAAUUAUUAUGGACCGAUUGAGUUGAGUUAUAUAACGUUGCGUUGUACUUUUUAGUCUAGAGUACCAAUGAGAGACGUCUAGACCCGCUCUCAUUUAAGGGGGUAGUGUAAGGGUACGCGAGGUUAUACGGGGAGUUGGUGUUGAGUUAGCUUUGAGCGCCAAC